AUGCGCCUCCUCUCAACGACCCCGACCGCCAUCCCCCACCUGCGCGAGUUCAUCGGCUCGCACAUCCCGCCCUACGCCAUCCUCUCGCACACCUGGGUCGACGACGGAAGUGACCCUCCAACAUCUCGCCGCCGCCGACCUGUUCGCGCUGCAGGGGCGCGCACGCUUCGACAAGGUCCAGCGCGCCUGCGCUCUUCCCCGCACGCGCGACGCCCUCGAAUAUGCGUGGGUCGAUACGUGUUGUAUUGUUAUAAGAGGAGUAGCGCGGAGCUGUCGGAGGCGAUCAAUUCUAUGUUUGCGUGGCACCGCGAUGCGGAGGUGUGUUAUGUGUAUUUGAGUGAUCUUGAGCCGGGGGAGGAGGGUGAUUUACGCAGGGAUUUGCCGGGUUGUCGGUGGUUUUCCCGCUGGUGGACGCUGCAGGAGUUGGUGGCGCCGAGGAAGGUGCUGUUUUUUGAUCGGGAGUGGAAUUACCGCGGUAGUAAGGAGGAACUGGCGCCGCUUCUUUAUGGAAUCACAAAUAUCCCAGUGACGGUGCUUUGCCAUCAGGCGGAUUUGGGUGACAUCGGGGUGGCGCGGAGGAUGUCGUGGGCCGCUAACAGGGAGACGACGCGUUUGGAGGACAUGGCAUACUGCCUGCUGGGGAUUUUCGAUGUCAACUUGUCCCUCAUCUACGGCGAGGGCAUCAAGGCGUUUGCUCGACUACAGGCCGCUAUCCUCCAGACGACGCCGGAUUUGAGCAUCUUUGCCUGGGCCGACACAUCCGACACUUGCCCUAAAUAUGCGGGCAUGCUGGCCACCAGUCCCGCCCCCUUCGCGGGAAAUGGAAGCACCGGUGAACAGCUCGGCCUAUGCUAA